GAGAUAUCAAAUCGAUUAGACGUACUAGCACAGUAUAACUUGAUAGCGUUAAGUUAAAAUUAAGUGUUGCCAGUUUACGGAAUAUUUCUGAUAAUUUUUCACUCCUGAAUUUUUCUACCUUCAUACGAACUUGAUAAAACGCCUACACGUAUUUCUGUCCAUAAGCCGUUAGGAUUUACUUUCAACUUUGAUAUAAAACCUAUCUUUUGUCCUAACACAACCAAAAACACGCCAUGCAUCUAUAACAUGCUUAAUUAGCACUGCCACAGUUUAACAACUGUUUGGUUCCCUAUCAAAAAUAACAAACCAAAGUAAAUAAUAUUAUUUGGAACUUCUAAGAUACAUAGCCUUGAAUACGGUAAUUGUUUAGGUUGUGUAUAGAGUCUAUUCACUUGGUGGAAAUUCAAGUAGCUUUGGAAUCAGACAUGAAAGUUCCUCAUGGUGCCCUCACGUUUUUAUUAUAGCUUAUCAUGAUCAAACAGUCUUGAAUUUAUCGAAAUUAUAAACUUGCUCAGCUCAGAAUUUUAUCUCUGAUUUUAAAACCCAGAUCUCCACAUGACGGAAAAUGACAACACAAAAGUCCAUAGCAACAAGGCGCGCGCGCGGAGCUCAUUUCGCGGCAUUGUCGUCGCGCGCGAUUUACUCGGAUAAACGACAAAUCGGCUAAAAGUUCAAACAUUGUUCUACGCGGAAAAUCGUGGGUGAAAAUAUUUGAACUUGGAGGAGCGACGAAACGAUCAGACAUGUUUAUCAACACGAUGAACGAUUCAAUAAUUCUUUCAAUCGUUUAGCCGGGGCUUUGCUUUAUUGCUUUAGCAUUCCGCCUAUUGUUACUUUUGGCAACGGCUGCUCGACUAAAGGGAUGAAUUUUGUCAUCAUAAAUAUCAUUUACACGCAUUUUUGCUUUAGGGCAACAAACGCUUUCUUUUUUUUUUUUUUUUUUUUCAAAUUCCGUUAUCGAAAACUAGUCUAAAGCUACUAAUUGCAAGCUGUUUGCUUGUCAAACCUGCAGCUUCACAAAAGAGCCCAGUUAAGUUAGCUUCGUAGCAUGAUUUCUCGCAUAAAUAAUCCUUUACUUGGAGAAUAGAGAUUGACAUUCUUGACCUCUCGAAGAUGACUAGACAAUACAAUAACUUUAAGCGUUUUUGUUGCAUGCAAAAUUGGUGGCCUUUCAUUCGCUUGAAUUCUUAUGAAGAAACUUAAGUAUUUUGAUGAUAGAUAAGUAUACAUGUAUCUAUUCUCGGGAUACCUAAAUUUGCCAGAGUCACUCGUUCAACACCAAAAGGCACUUAACAGUUUUCAACAAGACGAGUAAAAUACCAGCUUACAAUACAAAAAGCUGCAUUUAAAUUAGAUCUAAACGUUGAAUAUCUUCGCAGAAAGAUAACUAAAGCCGACACAAAUUUGCGCUUUGCGUACUAGCCUACGAAGGAAGAAUUAAGACCGACAAAGGUGAAUUUUUUUAACCAUACUGAAGCUCGCCACAGCAAACUAAACCCCAAAAGUUUGAUACCUUGAUGCAAAUUUGCUUUGGUAAGCGACUUUUGUUGCCCGAUAACGCAGUGUUUUCACACAACAGCUAAUUAACUCGGUAUGUGGUCACUUUAAAGUACGAUUCCCUCGAGAUUGAUAAUUAACUUUGGGAUGUUGCUUUCUCCAAAAAGUAUUAAAACUUACAUAACAUGCUGUAAGCUUCAAAGAGCAAAGUACGUGACCACUUCAUGUGGGCUUCUUUUUUUAACAACACGCUGAAUUCUUUGAAGUGAGUUCUAUGCUACGUUAAUUCGAUAUGCGGUGAAAAGUGACCGCUAAUAGACUCUGAUUAACAAAAGCUCCGAAUUAUGUCACAGACGGAUUACGUCACAAAAGCCUUGCGCGUCACUGAUUGGUCUAAAUCCAUAAGCCAUUAAAUAAAGUUUCACCUUGUGUGAAGUGGGUACAGUCAACACAAGCCGGCCCGAGGUCGGUUGCGAACAAAAGGGAAAGCUUCUUUAUUUAUAAACUCCACGAUCACCAAUCUUUGGUAAUUUGGCAAAUUUCUUGACACCGAGUUUUCGCGCUGUACGCGUUUUGAAACUCCAUGUCGACCGCGAUUCAAACGAGAUUGCACCCACGCUUCAGGGACCGAUCUAACAUGCUGGCUUCGGUAAAAGAAGGGCUUUACCACCCGAUGCUACCAACAUUCCGGCGAAUGGACAUGGAUACGGCAGGGCAUAAAUUACCUGAAGAACACUCGCGUACCACAACGCCAUUAACAAAGGACGAUUUUAGAAGCAGCACUAUCACGUUGUUCCGACCAGCUGAUAAACCGUUGUCAGGCACGCGAAUAACAGAAACGGGGAGACAACUCCAGUCCACGUCCUACCAACCCAUCGAAUCUGGUGGAAUGGCGGAAUUUUUAAAGCGAUCUAUGACGUCACAGUCUCAGAAGCAACCCUCCCCUCUUCCUCCAAAUGAACCGUCAGAGCCGUACACGUUUAUGCCUGAACCGUACCUUAAGUAUUCAGCUGACCAAAUCAAGUUUAAUGGGUAUGCUACAAGGUAUCUGUCACCGAGAGAGACUGGUUCAUGGAGGUACUCCCUGAGGCAAGAACCUUAUAUAGAUCUGAGAGGGCAACGUCCUGUUCCUGCAACAAUCUAUAGUCGUUAUCGCGACGCACAUCCAAGAGCCAGCGUUGCAGCAAUGCACUGGCGGUGAAGCCUUUAUGUGGUAUAAACAGCUCUUCAAGCUUUUCUCAACAGCUGGUCCACCCACUGCUCUUAAAAAUCGCCAGUAGUUUCCCUUUCACCUUACAAAUACUAAUUCAGCACCAGAGUGGAACUUCUGCCAUACAAAUGAAAGUGCUGUGCAGUUUCAAUUGUCACAGACAUGGAAAAUUUUGGAUACAAAUACAAUAUUUUGGGAAAGUAAAACAAGCAAAAUUGUAAAUGGUGAUAGAUGUGUAUACACAUGUAUAUUGAUAGAUCACUAAAAAGAUGGCAAUGUUUGUAAAUAAAAAAGAUAGUAUCACAACUGCCAUGGUAGUGUUGAUAAUAGCUUAUAAAAACCUACAAGCCCAAACAUUGUCUGCACAUGAGGCCAUAAAAACUGCUAUAUUUCAAUAAGUCUUGCGCAUGAUUACAUCACAUGCUCAAAAUUUACUGAGAAGCCCCAUUUACGAGAAAUUCUUUCAAAUGUCCGGCGCCUUUGUGUUGCAUGUUUUCAUGAGGGUAUCCUUUUCAUCUUUGCUGCUUUGGGAAUUUUGUCCAAGAUAAAAUAAAAGUUGCAAUUCGAAUUUUAAAGUGAGGCUUGGUGGUGAAAUGUGCUUGUCUGAUGCCAUCACGCAUAAGGCUAUUGCUGAAUUAAAUACCCCUCUCACAGGCAAAAUGAAUAAACUGAAAUUACGUUUGAAGGGAUUAUGUGUUAGGGUAGUUAGUGAACAGUCAUUCAAAACCACCUGAAGUCUCUGUGAAUUUAUUUUUCCUAAAAAGUGCUGAAGAAUGCAGCCCAGUUGGCCUAUGGUGUCACACAGGAUAAAUCAGAGUGAUGGUACAUAACUAUAACUUUGCUGUGGAUCAUCUUGCUAGAACACUACUUCCGUUCUCUCAAUGACUGUAGUCUUCUGGGUUUUCCUCACUGAAAUAGAUAGUCUUGGCAGCAAAAUGGCAAUAAUCUUAGUCUUGUAAGCACCACUGGGAUAGAGAAACACUAAGAACGUUUGUAACAAUGAGGCUUUUUUUGUAGAAGAAAAGAUAUGUUGGGAAGUAAUUAUUAAAAAAAAAAGG